AUGGGUGCCAAUCAUUCGAGACCGUCCGAUGCUGCUGUCAACGAGAAGUUGAGGGAGAGGCUCCAGGCCAUGCACAUGAACGAGGAGAGAGCUACGAGCGAGAAAGAUGGGUUCAUACACAUCGCUGGAGAAGCUCCUCCUAGAUAUACACCGCUGUCGAGACAGGUGAAGACAAUCUCCACUAAAGACGCCGAGAAAUGGGAGAAGGAGAUCAUGGAGGAUCCUAAGAACCGACUCGCUCUUCUGGCUCUGAGCUCGAAUCCAGCCACAGCCAUCCUCUCCUCCCGCGCAGCUACCAUUGCAGACACGCAUCAAUUCAGCAUCAAAAUCCCUACUGAAGGCUCACCCAUCACGAACCAAGCUUCUUCAGGACGGUGCUGGCUGUUUGCUUCUACGAAUAUAUUCCGUAUCGCCAUCAUGAAGAGACACAAGCUCGAUAGCUUCCAGCUUUCGCAGGGAUAUCUAUUUUUCUGGGAUAAAAUGGAGAAAGCGAACUACUUCCUCGAGAACAUUCUGGAGACAACAUCUGAGAGUAUCGACAGCCGUCUAGUACAGGCCUUGUUGGCAAGCCCAGUUGGAGACGGUGGACAGUGGGAUAUGGUCGCCAACCUGGUGGAUAAGUAUGGGCUGGUCCCUCACAGCCUCUACCCAGAUUCGUUUAAUGCCAGCAACUCAAGAGUGAUGGACAACCUCAUCACCACGAAGCUGCGCGAGGAUGCUGUCAGACUGCGCUCUAUCGCCACCAGUAAUGCCACAUCCGAUGCUAUCAAGGCUAGCAUAGCAGCCGAGAAGGCUACAAUGAUGCGCGAGAUCCAUCUCAUCCUUACCCUGAUGCUCGGUCCUCCCCCAGCACCAGACAAAGCGUUCACAUGGGAGUUCCACGACCGCGAAGGCAACUUUCAGACCGUCAAGGCCUGUCCGACCGCCUUCGCUAAGGAACUUAACGACCCGAGGACUGUACGCGCCCUGUCGGGCACGGAUGUGCACCAGCUCUUUUCCCUCGUCAAUGACCCUCGCAACCCCUACAAUCGCCUCCUCAGCGUGGAACGUCUCGGCAAUGUUUGGGAAGGGCGGCCGGUGACCUACGUGAACACGAACAUGAAGACUAUCAAGGACGCCUGCAUUGCGAUGCUUAAGAAGGGCAUGCCCGUCUUCUUCGGUUCAGACGUUGGCAAAUACUCGGACUCGACCAAGGGCAUCAUGGACACAGAUCUCUUCGAGUACGAGCUCGGAUUCAACAUCAAGCUGGGCAUGUCAAAGGCGGAGCGCCUCCAGACUGGUGAAAGCCAGAUGACGCACGCAAUGGUGCUAACGGCGGUGCAUGUUGUUGAUGGCAAGCCGGUACGUUGGAGGGUGGAAAACUCGUGGAGCGAUCGAGUGGGUGACAAGGGGUACUUCGUCAUGAGCGACAAGUGGAUGGACGAGUUCGUGUACCAAGCGGUCGUGGACCCCAGCGUGGUCAGCACGACCGUGAAGAAGGUGUUGGAGCAGAAGCCGAAGAUGCUCGAGCUUUGGGAUCCUAUGGGUGCUCUGGCUUGA